AGGAGGGCGAGCAGCUGCCGCCGUGCGCAGUGGCGGUCCCGGCGGAAUCCGCCGACGGCGAGGGCGGCCGGCCGGCGCUGGGCACCCCGAGCACCGCGGCGGCGUUUUCACAGGAGCGGCCCGGCGCCGAGGUGGCCAGCGAUCCCGACGCAGCGUGCUCCAAGACCGCGUGCAGCCUUGGGUCGACGUGCAGCCACGAUCUGGACCUCUCCAGCGCGGACGGCGAGCAGAGCGCGACCCUGCUCACACCCAAAGUGGAUGAGCAGCGGGCUGCCCUCCUCGAGGAGGACCGGGCGCUGUUCGACCUGGACGCCCGCCGCCGCGAGGCCGCGCGGGCGGCCGUGCCGCACCUGCGGCGGCGGGCCGACGGGCUGCUGGCGGGCGUCGCCGCGGAGGCGUGCGCGGACGCGGUCCACUUCUGCUCCGACGACACGCUGACGCGCUACCUGAUGACCUCCGAGGGCAACGUGGAGAAGGCCGCCAGCAUGCUGAAGGCCAGCCUGGAGUGGCGCGCCAGCUUCUUCGAGGGGAUCGACAUGGCCUUCGCGAGGAGCAGCGGCAGCGCCCCCCCGAGGACGCUGUGUCCGUGCUGCCAGUCGGACCCCAGGCAGCACAGCUUCUUCCGCAUCGGCAGCGACGCGGCUGGCCGCGACGUCAUUUACUCGUGCGCUGGGAGGGCCCUCAAUAAGAAUUGCGAGGACGGGAUGGCAUCCUCCUCCUCCUCCUCCUGCUCCUCCUCCUCGCCCUCCUUGAAAUAGCCUCCUCCUGCUCGGCAAUUGGCCUCCGCCCUCGUCGUGAAAAUAUUGGUUCGAACAAAAGAGUAGCUGCGAGGACGGGAUGAAACAUAUGGCCCUGGAGCUCGAGAGGAUGUUCCGCGGCAGCAGCUCGCCUGGGCAGG